UCUAGCUUGCAGCUCACCUCUAUGCGCUUUCGUUGGCGCGGACAUACUUUAAAGAAAUUUCAUCACAAAUUUGUAAAAUGGAACCCAAUUCGCAGAUUAUGGAAUGUGUUGACUUGACUUGUGAUCAACCAACAAUAGAUUUAACUGAAGAAGGAUCGGUCUCGCCGUCUGUUUCUUUCUGUGGAUCCUUGCCACACUUUGGCAAUACGCAAACAUGCUUCAACAUGUCGAAAACUGAUGUUGCCGCCAACAUAAAAAAUGAAGUGCUUGAUUCAGAUUGGGAUGAUGAUGACUUGGAAAGUGAUUGCUACUCCCUUGAAUUUGCGGGAAUUACAGAAAAAGAUACCAACGAUGAACUAAGUAAUGAUUUCCUUAAUGGGGACUUUAAUGACGUUACCCUGGCAAGUCGUAAGGUAAAAGGCGCAGCUGAUUAUUCCCAUUUGAAAAACACAAUAAUGGAUUGUUUAAAGGUGCUGCACGAGCCAGUAGAACCAAGCCCAGAAGAGAUUGCUGAACAGCCUGUAGCUUUAUUGGUUCCCUUAUUGAAACACCAGCAGCGUGGACUUAAAUGGUUGCAAUAUCGAGAAAAGCAGGCGGUUCGAGGAGGAAUCCUUGCCGACGAUAUGGGUUUGGGAAAGACCCUAAGUAUGAUUUCGUUAAUGCUCUCUACAAUACAGGAGACCCGGGAGAAGGAGGAUAUUAAACGUAAGGCGCUGGAGACUGAGUGGAAUAGGCAAUUUUAUAGCCUGCAAGUUGAACAGAAGAAGCCCAUCUUUUCGCUAUUUAGUUACGACGACGAGGACCAAACGGCUGAAAAUAAACAGCCAACUAAUUCAUUCCAAAUGGAAGCAAGGCCGCUAUUUAAAACCGAAUCGGUUCAAGAAGAAGAAAAACCUGUGGCUCCAAUGAAGGAUAUGGAAACUACCGAUAAUGAUAGUGAUAGUGACAUAGGUCCAUAUGGACGGGCUGGAACCCUGGUAAUUUGUCCAAUGAGCGUAAUGCAGCAAUGGGCUAACGAAGCAACCAGCAAGGUAACCGAUAAUUACAUUAAAAUCCUUAUAUAUCAUGGUCCAAAUCGGCGAAAUAUCGAUCUGGAGACCCUUCUUAGCUAUGAUAUGGUAAUAACAUCUUACCACACAAUAGCAAAAGAGCGCAAAAGAUUAUAUGACUCGUCGUUACUCUUCGCCGUCAAAUGGCAUCGGGUGAUACUUGAUGAAGCCCAUGUUAUUCGAAACCGAGCAACUGCCUGUUGCAGUGCCGUUUGUGCCUUAGAUGCAAAAUGCCAUUGGGCACUGACUGGAACUCCGGUACAUAACAAGGCAAUCGAUGUUCUCGCAUUGUUAUCUUUCUUGAAAGUGCCUAAUUUUAAAUCACUGCAACAAUGUAAAGAUUAUUUAAAUCAGGGCAUAAAAGCCCAUUGUAGAUUACAUGCCAUUAUAAAACCGUUAAUGUUGCGCCGUACGAAGUCAGAGUUGCAGCAAUCCGGUGAAAUGCCAUCGCUCCCCGAGUUAAUUAUUGAAGUCAUUCAAGUCACACUGUCGGAUGCAGAAUUAGUAGUGUAUCAAAUUUUAUCGUCAAUCUCGCAAUCUAUAUUUGAACAAUACCUACGUCAACGGCGGGAGGGAAACCCUGAUCUGAACUACUAUUGUAACGAUAAAACUCCUGUAUUUAUGCCUAAAAUAUUUGAAGCGGUUUAUAGUGAAUUAUAUGGACGAUUCCUUAAAUCAAUGGGCUAUACCGCAGGUUUUAAAGUCAAAGGCAUCGUGAUUUUGGUACUACUCCUGCGUCUGCGUCAGUUUUGCUGUCAUCCUGGACUUAUGGUUCAAAUGAUUUGCGACACCUUGAAUACCGAAGAUUUUAACAAGAUGAACGAUGAUAUCGACGAAAUGGUUGGUCAUCUAAAAACGGAUAUCUUAGCUGAGUUGGACAAUUACAAUCCCAAUGAGUCUCAAGCUCAGUCAGAAUCUCUAUUUAAAAUCAAAAAAGAAGAGAAACCAUUUUUUAAGCAAGAGUUAAAAAUGAAACAUGAAGAUGACAACUACAAUUACAAGAUUGAGGAAAAGUCUCAGUUUAAAUUCCUAAUAAAGAAGGAAGAAAAACCAUCAGUUAAGCAAGAGAUAAAAAUUGAUUAUGAAGAUCAGAACGGCAAUCUCAAGCUUGAAGAAGAAAAGAAAUGCCUUACCUUUUUGAAAAUGGAUCAAACGGAAAAACAGGAGCCAAACAAUGAAGCAACACCCACCGAUCUAAACGUUGUUUUGCCUGAUGAGGGUACAGCUGCCAAAUUGUUGCGGCCUAACAAUCCUAUUUUUCAAUUUUCCAAUCUCUCGUCAAAAAUGAAACUUAUCUCGGCCAAGCUGCAGCAAGUGCUCAAUGAAACUAAUGACAAAGUAAUUGUAGUCUCACAGUGGACAAGUUUCUUGGAUGUUAUUAAAAAACAUUUGGAUAGCCUCUCUUGGGAGACGCUUGCUUUUAAUGGAAAAAUGAGUUUUAAAGAUCGUCAACUUGUUCUUGACGAGUUCAAUGACACGAAUAAUUCGAAACGAGUACUUCUUCUAUCUCUCACCGCUGGCGGUGUUGGACUAAAUCUAAAUGUUGCUAAUCAUUUGCUGCUAAUUGAUCUUCACUGGAAUCCCCAACUGGAGAAACAGGCUCAGGAUCGCAUAUAUCGUUAUGGCCAGCACAAGAAGACUUACAUCUAUCGGUUUAUGUGCGUGGACACAAUUGAGCAGCGUAUUCAAGCACUUCAGGAUUAUAAAUUAGAGUUGGCCAAAAUGGUGAUCAAUGGAGGGCGUUUGCCUAACAGUGGUCGCCUUACACUUCAAGAGCUCAAAAAGCUUUUCGGACUCUAGUAAAUUAACUUCCAAUUUCUAAGUCAUAUUCGAUAUGGUUUCCAAUGAAAUAAUUUUUUUUUAUUUUUAGUUAUCCUAUAGAUUGCUUUUUAACAUUUAUGCCAAAUAUUUUGUUUUCCAAUAACAGCUUUAGCAUAAAAAUUUAGAAAGUAGCCAAAUAUUAGCUUUAAAAUUGAAAAUGAAGAUAUUAACAUAUAUGAUUUUAAGCCCCCGUUU